UCAGCUCUGUUGCCAUCCAUUUAUUACAUUCAGAUGAAUGAAAAUGGUAAUUUACAUUCACAGUUGGAUUCUACUGAGGACCACAAGUGUAAUUACUGUAAAACAGUUGAGGACCUGUGUGUUUGUGCUCCUCGCUGCUCUCUCUGGGCGUGCCUGUAACUCCAGGUGCUGUUUGACAUGAGCUGAAAAGACAGCCAUCCCCAUUCCUGUCAUUCAUUCUUUUUUACCCCUCCACCCAUCCUUUAUCUGUGCUCACCUGCUCUAAAUCACUUCAUCUAAGGCCCUGGAGGGGAAACUCCAAAACAAGUAGACAGUUUUUUGCUCAACCAUUCUUUACAUGGUUAAUCAACAACUAGAUACACACUCUUGGUGCCUCGUGUAAAUAUUGGGAUAUGUCUUAAAACCAAAGUUCACUAAAUUCUCCGUCCUCUCUGACACAUGAUGCCACACACAUACCGAUAACUUAAUACUUUUAUUUUCUGCAUGUGGACAUACCUCCCUGUGUACUCUUCUGGAAGGGCACAUCAGCAUCUAAUAGUCUGACAGUUCUUACCUGUCACCUCUCAUCAUGAAUGAAACCAUCUUGCCCUGGGUGGGGCUGUGUCUUCCAUUUUCUUUUUAACCUGUCUUGUCUUUCUCAACCAGCAGUUCUUUCUUAGGUGUCAGAGAACUGCAGGUAACCUCCUUCAGGCUCUGAGGGUCAUGCACGGCUGGAACAGUGUUUGCAGUGUUAAGUUGGGGGGUGAUCACUUUUGAACCCAUGUUACCACCAUGGAUGCCGACAGCGUGUCCGUGCUGUGGUACAGGAGGUCCAAACCUCUGGGGAAGGUGAGGCGACGGGUUCAAGACCUCCGCAUCCCUUCCUCCAAUUACAGCAACUUUAUAGCUAUCAGACCCAUGCUGGACCUGAGCCACAACGAGAGCGCUCGGCUGGCGGUGGAUCGCCUGCUCAGCCGGGGGUUAGAGGGAUACCACGAGGUGUUGAACGCAGAGGGAGAAGUGGACUUUCUGUCAGAGGUGGAAAAGAAUUACAUCCUGGAAAACGGAAGAGAUGGCAACACAGGUUGUACUUUUUUUUUCCUGAUUUUCGCAGCAUGUUCUGUUUGAAAACACAAAAAAGAAAAUGUUUGCUUUGUGCUUUCCACAGCUGAUCCUGGUGCAUCUGAUGAUGAUGAUUACAAAGAGUUAGAGAGCUUGUCAGCUAACUCCCAGUCUGCCACACAAUGCCCUGCAGUGUCCACAGACAGUGAUCCUACCCUGGCAUGUGUAGGCCAAAGCAAUGUAGCAGAUGUGAGGUGGACUGAUCCUGUCCUGGGUAACCCCAGUGUUCAGAUUUAUUUCCAGUCUGACAGCACAGCAGCUGGCAUGAAAGACAUUGUCAGAGAGUUCAUCAGAAAGGCAAAUAUGGCCUUGGCCAUAGUGAUGGAUAGCUUCAGUGACGUGGAGCUGCUCUGUGAUCUCCUGGAGGCCAGCAGGAAGAGGAACGUGUCUGUUCAUCUGCUGUUGGAUCAUAUCAACCUGAACCUGUUCAUCACCAUGUGGCAGGACCUCAAACUCAACAGCAAAAAUUUCCCAAAAAUGUCAGUGCGCAGCGUCGAUGGACAGACCUACUGUGCCAGGACAGGCAGGAAGCUGACAGGUCAGAUUGCUGAGAGUUUUAUCAUCACUGACUGGACUGAGGUGCUGACUGGCUCAUACAGUUUCUCCUGGCUGUCCUGGCAGGUCCAUCGGAGUCUUGCUGUUCUUGUAAAGGGCAGUGCAGUCACAUUUUUCCAUCAGGAGUUUCACAGACUCUACUCCAGCUCCAAACCAGUCCCCGGCUUUGUCACUUACAUCACCGUGCCUCGUAUUCUCCCUCUUUACAUCUCAUUACCAGCAGCCCAAAACGAUAAGCCUGGUAUCAGUAAGUUGAAAUCAAACCAGGACAAAACAGUGUGCCACUGGGCUUGGCAUGAAGAUGCUCAGGAGACUCAGGCAAAAGCAAAAAUGCCAGUUUUAUCCGGUCCACAGAGCCCAGAGAUGGAGUGCAGCAAAGGCGAUAAGCAGCAUCAACACAGAGCAGGUACAGGUGCACAAACACAAACAAAACCUCCACUGCUGUACCCAAAACCUUUGGUUCAACAGGGAACACAGCAGAGUGUGUCCACGGAGAAGCCAAAGCAUACAGAGAGCGGUGUCUCCUCGCAGCAUGACGCAAAAACACACAUGGAACCUCUGGAGAACAAUCAAAACCAGAUCCAGAGUCAUUCAAAAUCCCCUGCUCAGAUCCACCUCUCAUACAAUCAGCCUCAGUUUGCCGGCCUUACCAUCACCACCACAGCUGAAAAGAAUACAAAGGUUCAAGAGUCAAACCCUCUACGCACUGUAAACCCAACACAUGGACAGCAAAGGGCGGUCUGUUAUCAAGCCACUGUGAAGAGGAAUUCAAAUCUUGAUUAUGACGGUCUUGGCACUGAGGGGCUUUUCUUUCAGCAGAGGAACAGAAACAAACAGACAAAGCCUUCAGGGAUUUCAGCAGGUCUAAACACACAAAGAGGACAAUGGAACUACUCACUAAAAUUCAAACCGCAGGUGGAGGUUCAGUCUGAUCCAAAACUACUGUCUCCUACACCACAGCAACAACAGGCAAAGAUGGGCCUUCAGUUUCCUUUUGCCCACUCAAGAGAACAAACAUCCGGGCUCCAAACCAAAGUCUCUUCUCUAGGAACCAGGAGACAAGAUCAGCUCCAGAGGCCCUGCCAGCCCCUCCAUCAGUCACAGCCAACCACAGAGGCUCAAGGUUCAAAGUUGAUACCAACAGCCAUGGGACCUCAGCUCCAGGGAGAUUCAGAGUUGUUCUCACCAGGCGCGAGAGCCAAGCUGCAUCUACAGGCCCACACCUCCCAGCAGGCGAAGCCCCCUCCCAGGCUGAGCUGGAUGCUCCAGAGUCACACUGCAAGACCCAGGGCGGUGGCUCGAACCAGCUCCUUUGACAUCACCUACGGGACGGGAAUGAAGAUGGGAGGGCAGCCAGGCUGGAGGCUGACUCACGGUAACAUGAAUACGUCACUGGGAAGGAGCAAGAGCUUGACUGACAGACGUACAGCAGGACUCAAAGGAAAUCCAAACAUAACCAAGACCUGAUGGAAAUAUACACACCCCCAUACACAGGAGAUGUAAUUAUACAGGUCAAUGGAACAGUGUAUUCAUCUGCUCAUUUGAAAUAUACAGUAUAUUCUAUUGUGUAUAGCUUAUGAAAAAAUAUUGGGCUUGUGCAUUAAAAAAAUACAUUUAUAGUUUAAUAAAAAAAUAGAAAAUGCUGAUUUAAUUCCACAUAACAAUCAAGGCUUUUGGUAACUAAAUGUUUUUAAAGCUGCAACGGCAGUAAAGUGUUAUCAUAGAAUGAGAUUUAAAAAAAAUAUUUUUUCAGAAUAUUAGAGGUGAUUUUGUUGUCUCCACUGCACGCCACAAUGUGUUGUCAUCUAUCUGGUUGGCUGGAGAUAUGUUGAGAGGUCUGUGUUGUCACAAAUGUGAAUGGAACAUAUUAUACACUCUUUAAAUAUUUCGGCUGCAAACAACAACAAAAACUGCAUAAACACAGCAUUUUAAUGUUUUACAAGGAUUUCAGGCAGAACAUUAAAAGAAUAAAAAUGUCUCCGAUUUGCCACUGUUACAGUUAUAUUUCACACAGUCUGAGGUGGAUGGAUGAAACCUUCAUGGGUCUGUGUAUGUCUGGGUUUUUUGGUACUGAAGGAUUAACUGAGAACAGUGUGACUUGUAUUUGUGGUUUUCAGCAUUAAAAGUUGACAUUUGA